AUGAAUACUAUCAAGCUGUGUUGCCUGGUUUUGGGUGACUCUCCCGACGAGAGAACUUUUGAAGUCGAUAUUAGAAUAAAUGAAUCUAUCAGCAAGCUUAAGGAUAAGAUCAAAGAUAAAAAACAAAACACAUUUCGCAAUAUUGAUGCUGACCAGCUUGAUCUCUUGAAAGUUGAAAUCUCUACUAUUGAAAAAAAUGAAAAGCUGAGCAUGCUCAGAGGGAGUGAGAUCGAUGUCACGAAACUUGAAGGAGAGAGCUUAAAUUCAUCAAGAACGAUUGUAAAAUAUUUCCCGGAUCAGCCUCUCUAUGAGUAUAUUCACAUAAUUGUCAAACACCAAUCUGUGUCAUUUGCACGUAGUCUUUACUCGUACCGUGCAGAGCCAGGCCAAGCUGUGAGAGAGUUUUGGAAGGAUUUAAAAAACAUAAAGAUUAAUGAUGAGAAUAAUUUCAUUCAGCUGUCCAAGGAUGUCUACUUUCUAGGCGAUAUAACCCAAGGUUCUAUUCUGUUUAUCCGUAAAUGCUACAACAUCUUGGGUCGUGCCAUCCUUAAUGACAAUAACUAUGGGCGUUGGCGUAUAAUUGGCGAUCCAGGAGUUGGAAAAACCUUUUUUUGCUUCUACUUACUUCAUCUGAUUGCACAACGAAACGAAAUGGCUAUAUACCACAAGGCUAACAAACCACCAAUCCUCUUCUGUAAGGAAGAUGCUUCAAUCAUUUCUAUGAAUGAACUCAGAAGUUUUUCAGGAAAGGUAUGGUACAUCACGGAUGACCUUGAGGAUGAUGAGGAAAACAUAAGCUUUAGAAAAAUUAUGCUCUGUUCUACUUCGUUCCGAUAUAAUGACAAGAGCUUAAUUUUUGACAUGUGCCGUGAGUUGAAAAAACGGUACAUUCCAGUUUGGUCUUGGACGGAGAUCAAGUCAUGCAAGGAUAAGAUCUUCAGUGAUCUUGAGGAAAGGACGCUUUGGGAAUUGUAUGGGAGUCAGUGUGGAGGAAUUCCUCGGUCUAUCUUGGAGAGGAGAAAUUUUCAACAAAUACUUGACGAGAUUGAUGAGAAUUUUUUCGAUCGCCCUAAAUUCGCACGUAAACUUUUAUAUAUCCAUUCGGAGGAGCCUUAUAAAAAGCCUAACUUAUCGUUCCCGACCGAAAUAAUUGGUUCUAAGGCGACAGAAAAACUCAUGAAGUGCUGCAAAGUAAAGUUGAUUAAUUUCUUGAACGGAAGCUACAAACCUGAUGGUUUUCAGUAA